GGUUCGGCAAGGACAUGCUCAUCCGCGAGAAGAUCUUCUCGCAGCUGAAGGGUGUCUUCCAGAAGCACGGUGGCAUGGAGCUUGAUACCCCCGUAUUCGAGUUGAAGGAGAUUCUGUCAGGCAAAGUACGACAUUUCUCCGUGUUUACCCCUCCCCCCACCUGCGAGAACCCCGCGAUCCACUUCGGGCCCUCGACUCAACAACAAGAUGCCAUAUGCUGACCAACACCCUCUUUUAUAGUAUGGCGAAGACUCGAAGCUCAUCUACGACCUGGCCGAUCAGGGUGGUGAAAUUACCUCCCUGCGAUACGAUUUGACCGUUCCCUUUGCGAGAUGGCUCGCCAUGAACAAGGACAUUCAGAGCGUCAAGCGCUACCACAUCUCAAAGGUCUACCGCCGGUACGAUUCACGACAUCAUCUUUCUAUUAUAUAGUCGGCAGCUGGCUGACAUACUCUUCACAGUGACCAGCCUGCCAUGAACAAGGGCCGCAUGCGUGAGUUCUAUCAGUGCGAUUUCGACAUCGCCGGAACCUACGACUCCAUGAUCCCCGACGCCGAGAUCAUCAAGAUUGUCGUCGAGGUCUUUGAAGGCCUGGGCUGGAACGGAAAUUACACGAUCAAGCUCAACCACCGCAAGAUCCUCGACGGUAUCUUUGAGGUCUGCGGCGUCCCCGAGGACAAGAUCCGGACGAUAUCCUCGGCCGUCGACAAGCUCGACAAGCUCCCCUGGGCCGACGUGCGCAAGGAGAUGACCGAGGAGAAGGGCUUGGACGGCGAGGUGGCCGACAGGAUUGGUGAGUGGGUUGUCCAGAAGGGUAAGCAGGACCUGCUCCGGAAACUGCAGCGCGACGACAAGCUCGCCGCCAACGCCUCGAUGAAGGCCGGCAUGGCCGAUCUCGAGCUCCUCUUCACCUACUUAGAGGCCUUUGGCGCUCUCGACAGAGUAUCGUUCGACCUCUCCCUCGCCCGUGGCCUGGACUAUUACACUGGCCUCAUCUACGAGGUCGUGACGGAAGGUUCCGCACCGGCCGUUACCCCUGAUGCAGACGGCAAGACGGCGAAACCCAAGAAGAAGAGCAAGGGCAAGGACGACGAUGACCGCUCCGACGACCCUAGCGUUGGUGUCGGCAGUGUCGCAGCCGGAGGACGCUAUGACAACCUCGUGGGCAUGUUCUCUGGCAAGACGCAAAUUCCGUGCGUUGGUGUCUCCUUCGGUAUCGAGAGAAUCUUUAGCAUUACCAAGGCCCGGAUGCAGGCCGAGAGCGAGGCGCCGCAAAGUACGGUCGACGUCUUCGUCAUGUCCCUGGGCUCCAAGGCCGGUCUGAUCAAGGAGAGACUCGAGGUGUGCUCGAAGCUGUGGGACGCCGGUGUCAAGGCCGAGUUCCUCUACAAGGUCAAGCCCAAGCUGCCACCGCAGUUCAAGGCAGCCGAGUCCAACGCCACUCCCUUCGCCAUCAUCCUCGGCGACGACGAGGUCCAAAAGGGCGUCGUCCGCAUCAAGGAGCUGGGCCUGCCCGAGGGUCACCCCCAAAAGGACGGCGAGCUCGUCGACAUGGCGUCGCUGGUGCCCGAGGUGCAGAAGCGCCUGUCGCGGAAGCGCGAGCUCGAUAACCUCGCCACGCGCGCCGAGGGCCUGCGCGUCGUGGGCGGCAUGAAGGGCGAGGACAUCAAGUCCACCACGGAGAAGGAGAAGGAAAAGGAGACGGUCGUCGAGACGCCUGCUGCUGGUGCUGCUGCCGAGGCGCCUGUCGCUGCUGUCUCGGAAGGGGAGAAGCCCGCUGAGGAGGCGGCGGCGGCGACGACGGAAGCUACGGAGGAGAGCAAGCCCGCAGCACCGAGCGCAUAGAGUUCGGUGCGGUGGUGCGAAGAUCUUUAGAAGCAGAAGCACAAAAAAAGCAUUUGAAAAUAGAAACGGCCGUCCACUGUUAAGGCGACGAUGAUUUGCAUUCAUUACCUUGAGGUAUCUAUCUAUGUACCUACUCAAAGCCCGAAUUGUGAUCUUCUAGUCGAUUUCUGACCACCAUGGUCGCGCAGUACGGCCGAGCAGUCUUACAAGU